AUGGCGGUCAAGCGAAGGUCGUCGUUAGGGGAGGAUAUCAGGGUGGGCGAUACGUCAGCUCCAGCUGUUUCUACGAUGCCUACGACGAAAGAUCAAAGAGCCGCGUCAAAACAGCGAAGGAGAAAGCUGUCAAUGUCAAAAUCACGACCAGAAAACUGGUUCACCUGGUACAGGGAGCUAUCCUACCGUAAAACAUGGUUGAAUCCUCUCCUCGUAAUGAUUAUCGCUCUAGCAGGUUAUGCCGUUAACCCCACCCCCUCCAAUCCCCUACACGCCUGUAUAUUCCUCUCGUACCGUACUGCUCCUGAUCCAAGCUCCCACGCGCCAACCGAGUACCAAUAUGACAAGGGCCCUCGUGAUUUGGCGUUUGUUCUCUUUUACACAUUCCUCUUCAGCUUCACUCGUGAAUUCUUGAUGCUGCAGCUCCUCCGCCCAAUUGCACUUUACAACAACAUCACCAAGAAGGCCAAGGUAUCCCGUUUUAUGGAGCAGUCAUAUACGGCAAUCUACUUUUCAGUGUUUGGUCCGUUUGGAUUAUACGUCAUGUACCAAACUCCGAUCUGGUACUUCAACAGCACUGCUUACUACGAAGCAUACCCCCACCGCACCCACACCGCCGACUUCAAGGCCUAUUAUCUCCUCCAGGCUGCAUAUUGGCUCCAACAGUGCAUUGUCCUCCUUCUUCAGCUUGAGAAACCUCGCAAGGAUUUCAAAGAGCUUGUUGGACAUCACAUGGUCACUCUCAGCCUUAUCGCCUUGAGCUACCGUUUCCACUUCACCUGGAUUGGUCUUGCUGUCUUUGUUACCCACGACAUUUCCGAUUUCUUCCUUGCUACCUCGAAGACAUUGAAUUACCUCGAUCAUUGGUUUAUCGGGCCCUACUUCGGUUUCUUCAUCUUUGUUUGGAUCUACAUGCGCCAUUACCUCAACCUGGGAAUUCUGUGGAGUGUCUUGACCGAGUUUAAGAAUGUUGGAUCCUGGGAACUUAACUGGGAGACUGGGUCUUACAAGUCGGGCUUGGCUCAAAGCGUUGCGAUUACUCUUCUUGGUAGUUUGCAAGCCGUUAAUCUGUUCUGGUUGUGGUUGAUUUUGAGGAUUGCCAAGAGAUAUGUCCUUACCAGCGAUGCCGUGGAUGAGAGGAGCGAGGAUGAGGAUGAGAGCAGCAGUGAAGACGGCGAGAAGAAGAACUAA